AUCUCGUGUCUGUUUUGUAAAGUUCCAUGAUCCAGAGUCUGCAGUGGUGGCCCAGCACCUGACUAACACCGUGUUCGUCGACCGAGCAUUGAUCGUGGUUCCGUACGCAGAAGUAUUUCAUGGUUCUAACAAAGCGGCAGUGUAAAAAAAAUAAACCAUGACGCAUGAAAAAUACCUGUUCUUUUCCCUGGUUCAGCCUGAACUAUAUACCAGGCCCUGCUGAAAAUACCACUCAACCGUUUUCUUCUCCAGCUUGUCCAGUUUCUCUUAAGUGCCAUGUACAUGUUGUAUGUUUUAAUGCUCACACGCACUUUGUUAAUCCAAGACAAACGACUGGUAUAUGGAAAACUAUAGCUGCAUUUGUUUAUUUUUCCCAUUUCGUUGAUUUUGCUCACGCUCUGAUUUUGGGGGUGGAUACAGGCAGUUGGAAGGGGGAGGGCAGACGAAUAUGGCACAUUGGAGUUGUACUGAAUGUGCUGUCUUAAGUCAUCACCAACAUACAGUGAGGACCUGUUUUGGGCUGCACCAAUCAGUGUGUUUGUCAUUGCUGCAAACACAGGGUCAUACCACUUAUUAAAGUGAACCUGUCACUUUUGUAUCAGACAUGUGCAAAGGAUGCAGUUUGAAAGGGUUAUAAACUUUGCUUUUGGCUUUAGGAAAGAAAAACGGUGAAGUGGAUUGCCAUCAGCCCAGGGUCUUCAGCAUUUUUCAACCAUUGGAUGCUGAGGUACACCUUGGGAGAAAGGCAAGGUCUGCUUAUUGGGUAGUCCACGCACUGGAAGGGGGGAAUGGAAAAUGACUUGCCUUACAGCCUGCUUUCAAAUUCAUUUCCUGUUAGCAGGGGUGAUGGAAUUGGUCCUUCCAUGGUCCUAGGAAAGGUUGGCAUCUAGAACCCACAAGAUUGCAUUCCUGCUCGGUACAGGAGUGCAAACUCAUGGAUUUUCAUAUACUGUCUUUACCAAGCGGCACGCCUGCAGUCAUUAAAUUUUUUUUUUUUUUUUCACUAACCAGUAGUUAACCUUGUGGUUGUGCACAAGUCAGUCUGUCCAGUUUUUCCUGAAUGGUGUUGGCGGUUGCACCAAUCAUGUUCUGCUGGCAGAGGUAGCUCCCUGCCGGUAAAACGCAAACAGCUCUGCGGGAGGUAUUCCCCAUCAACACUGUUUGAGGGAAUGAAGCAAUCUAUGGCCUACCUAACAUGACCACAUUUUUCCAACACUAUACUACUUGUCCCCAUUAAAAUUUGAUUUAAAAAAAGUUGCAUACUUUAGUGUGCCACCUUCCUAAACAUAAUUUGGGAUAUGUCUCAUUAGAAAUGUUGCCUAAACUUUUUUAUAAAUGGGAAAACGCUCACAUUCCUGUUUCCCAUUGAGAAACGGUAGAAAAUGAGUAUAUAGUUCAUGGUUGGCAUCUAACGCUUGUGCCUGAGGGAAACCUUACCACAAGUAGCAUGCAACACUUGGGAGGGUUAGAAGGUUCAGUCUCUGUUAAAGGGGGGGUCUGUACUGACAGAUUUCAUCUGCUUUGUGUUCUAAUGACCCUAGUGCAGUUUUUUGAUUUUGCAAACCCCUCUUGGGCUGGACUGCAUACUCUAGUCACAUGAUGCAAACGCAUAUUUCCUUUUUUUUUUUUUUUUUGGCUGUCUCCCCAUGCUGAACAUUUAUGAUGUCAGCAUCUGUCUUCACUCACUGUUGAACAGCAGGGUUUCUCUUUUUGGAUGUCGAGACUCGGCACCCAGCCUGCUCAGAAUCGGUGGCACGUGAAUACAGGGGUGGGUGAUUUUGCCACAUACUUUAUAGUUAGAGGCUGUAACUAGGAGGGAUAGAAGAUGUUUUCAGAGAGAGGAUAUUAUGGGAACAUGGUAGGUGCUGUAUGGGUAAGUAUGCAUCGUUCUUCGUUUAGAGCGGAACUUGGCCCUCUUGUUCACUGAGGAAGGUGCCAUCUUGGCCUGUGGAUCUGCAGGUGCCAUAGUGCUGCACAUGUGGCCAGCUAUGACACCCGUCUUUUGAGGUCUUGUUAAGCACACUUCCAACUGCGACAGUUAUCGGAGACAUUCCUUGAAUGUACUUUACACUGGACAUGCACUGUAAUGCCUGGUACACACUACAGUUUUGGUUGCACAAAACUGACCGCUCCAGUCGGAAGCCGCUGUACUAACCAUGCAAGGUUAGUCCAUCGAUCGGGAGUUAUCGGCUGCUGGUUUUCCAGCAUGCACGUCCGACAGACCGAAGCACACGGGCAGAAUGUCGGCCAGUAUUUUUUUUUUGUACAGACCAAAAUCUGACAUUCUGCCUAUGUGUGUAUGGGGCUUUAGGCAUCAUGGGUUUCCUGAUCAUGUGACCAAUGUGGUUGACGUUCACUGAUCACGUGAUUGGGAGCCAGUUCUACCAGCUCCUGAUUGUAACCAGUGAGCUGGCAGCUGUCUGUGAAAGCGCUGUCACAGUACUGGGUGUGCAUAGUGAGCACACUCCCAGCACAAAACGUAUGCAUAUGUAUGGCAGCACAGCAUUUAGAGCCCACUGCUGUGCUGCCACAUGUAUGGGUACAGCCAGCAGCAACAGGUUGAGACUUUAGUAAACCGUUUUUAAUCCCCUUUCUGUUUUGGGGUUUUCUUUUGGGGAGACUGUUAAAUGGAAGGAGUUGGUUCCACUUUAAAGUCUAACUCUGGCCAAAUAUUCUUUGACCGUGUGCACUGUAAAUAUACACAAAUGAAGUGCCAUGUGCAAAGGGGGUAGCGUUCUGCUAAUUUUUUGUUAAAUACACCGAUCCUAGCAGGUCACUCGCUCAACACCUCAUUCAUUGACCAAACCUUUUUAUAGAAUGCAAGGUGUUCUGAUUCGAGGAGGAGGACAAAUUGCCAUAAUCAUCACCUCCAUUCACAGAACGCCUAGCAUUCUGUGAAAAGAGUGCAAGGUGUUUCUCUGUGAACAAGGCAUCGAGUAAGUGAUCUGAUCAAUGUACUGCAGCUUACGCUGUAAGGCUUGGGCUCUAGGGGUUCAGCACAUUGGGCUCUAGGGGUUCAGCACAUUGGGCUCUAGGGGUUCAGCAUAAUGAUUUUUAAAGUGCACAUGCCCAAAUUUUUUUAAGUUUUAUUUUUUUUUGCUAGGGUUCUGCUUUAUUGUAAUGGAAACGGCAAGAUCUGAGCUAAAGUGAACUUUAGACUAGAUCAAAAGCAUUCUAUUUUGCAUAAACGUGUCUUAAAAAUGACAGGUACACUUUAAUAUUGGUUCACUCUUAAAAAUAGCCUCCCUGCUGUAUGUAUGUGACUUGUCUAUUUUGACACAAAUGUACCUUGUGUAUGGAUUAGGCACAGUAGACUGGCAUUGCAUCCUUUCCAUGCUUUCUCCCAUAACCCUACCCAAUCUUUUAUUAUCGCUCUUCAUCAGGUAAGCAAAGUGUUAGAAAUCAAAGGGCUUUAUUUUCAACUCCCAAACACCCUUGUACAACACAUCACAAACUCUCACACACUCUUCUGUGGUAGGUAUGAUACAAGAGCUAGUGAAUUGUUCCAUAUGAUUAACGCCUAAACCGACCUUUUUUUUUUUUUUGUCUUGUGUAUCUUGAUUUCUCUGUGUGCUUUAUAGUGAAGCAGCCGACACGAGUCGUUGUUCAUAUAACAGCUUUUGAAAAGUUGAGAGCACACCCCCCCUACGGAGAAAACCGACUGUGCUUGCUUACGUUUGGUUCAUGAAUUAAAAAUCCCGUACAGGAAUCAUUCCUGAUGAGGCCAAAGCUCUAACACUUGUGGCCCCAGCUAAUGCAGUCACUAGUUUGCUACCAGGAGGAGGACUCCUGCCCACUCCGAACCCCCUCAGUCAGAUGGGAGCUGUUCCACUUUCUGCAUUGGGAGCACCUACACUGGAUCCCACUCUUGCGGCUCUCACUCUUCCAGGAGCCAAUCUAACUUCACAGUCUCUUGCAGCAGAUCAGUUGUUGAAGCUUAUGAGCACAGUGGAUCCAAAGCUCAAUCAUGUGACAGCUGGGCUAGUGUCACCAAGCCUGAAGUCUGAUACCUCUAAUAAAGAUAUUGAAGAGGCAAUGAAGCGUGUUCGGGAGGCCCAGUCCUUGAUAUCUGCAGCUAUUGAGCCAGACAAGAAAGAUGACAAGUCGAAAAAGCAUUCAAGGUCACGUUCGCGAUCCAGGAGGAGGAGGACACCCUCUUCUUCCAGACACAGGCGAACUAGAAGCAGAUCAAGGAGAAGAUCUCAUUCAAAGUCUAGAAGCCGGCGGCGAUCAAAGAGCCCACGCAGGCGAAGAUCACACUCACGGGAAAGACCCCGCCGCACUCGAUCCAUAUCCAGAGAUAAAAAGCGAGAAGAAAAAGAAAAAAAACGAUCCAAAACGCCUCCCAAAAGCUAUAGCACAAGCAGACGGUCUAGAAGCGCAAGCAGAGAACGGAGGCGCAGGAAGAGUCGAAGUGCAUCUCGGUCUCCUAAAAAGCCAAGGUCACCAAAGAGGAAGUACUCGCGCUCUCCUUCACCAAGGAGACACAAAAAAGAAAAGAAGAAGGAUAAGGAACGUGAGAGGAACAGGGAUGAAAGAGAACGAUCGUCCAGUAAGAAGAAAAAGAGCAAAGAUAAAGACAAGGAGAAGGAUCGUGAGCGUGAACGCAGAUCGGAAAGUGAAAAAGAUGUGAAACAGGUAACCCGGGAUUAUGAUGAAGAGGAGCAGGGCUAUGACAGCGAGAAGGAGAAGCGAGAAGAGUUCUUGGUUUCAGAGGCCAGCGGGCCACAAGACUGCGAGUCUGCGCCUGAGCCAGCAGGCAGCGACUCGCCAAAGGACUCCAAAGUGAACGGAGACGAUCAUCACGAGGAAGACAUGGAUAUGAGCGAUUAAAUCUCCUUAUUUACCAUGUGAUUUUUAUUUCUAUUUAAUAUGUUCUAAUUUUGGUUGUAUGCAACACUGAGCUAUUGGUGAAUGUACAUUUCCUUAUGUUACUAGAGCUGUGCGGAAAGGUUUGUCUAUCUAAAACAUUGAAGUGGAUAACCAGUUUUGUGUGGUGAAAUAAACUUGUAAAAUUUAAAAACCACCCCAAUUUCUCUAGUGUGACGCAACUUAACAAAUAUGUUGCAUGCGUCUAACACCUCGCAUGAUUAUCAUCAUUUGCUACUUAGCUGCCCGUUCCCUUCCCUCCGCUCUCCUGUGUGCUAGACGGAUCUACGCAGUACUUUAGUGGGGGGAAAGAGCUGUAUGUGUGUUUGCAGUCAUUAGACCCCCCCCCCCUGUUUUCACAGCCAGCACUUGUGUGCAGCAGAAUGGAUGACGGAACCUUUCUCUGCUCAUGGGAAUGAAACGCCUUCUGACAGUUUAAUGUGGGGAUUUAAGGCUUUAAUCCACAGGUGCUCAACCUGUGUCCCUCCAGCUGUUGCAGAACUACAAGUCCCAGGCUGACCUCUUUACAAGCAUGAUUCUCAAGGGUAGAGACACAAUGGGACUUGUAGUUCUGCAACAGCUGGAUGGCCACAGGUUGCGCACCUAUGCUUUAAUCUGAAGGCUGUGAAUGAGACCCCCCUCAAUACUCUGUUUUGUGGUCUUCAGGAUAUAAUCGGCUACAAUAAAAAAACAGGCUUCUUCAAUAAGCUAGCACAUAAAGCAGCGAUGUUUAGUGAGACAAAAAAAAUAUAUCUGAAGGGAGGAGAACGCAGAAGCCCCCCUACAGUUUCCACUCUGCUCAGGGCUACCAUACUUCAGAGAAGGUAAGCUUUGGUCAGUUGUGUUUUGGAAAGUACUUGCUUUUUUGGUGGGUUUUAAAGACCAGACUGUGCAACACAGACCACUUGGAGAUCAAAGGGUUAACAAAGAUGUGCCGCGACACCCAAAGGAAUCUGAGCUGAUCUGCCGAGCAUUGGGCCUAGCCAGUCAGAACAGAGAAUCAAAUGGAAACCAAACCCUCCAAGGAUGAAAGGGCUUUGCACAUGUGUGAGGGUUUUGUACUUUGUGACAGUAGAUGCCUCAUUAGAAGGCUUGUUUGUUAGUCGGGGAGAGGCCAUGUGUUUAUAAACAUGAUUUUUUUUUUUUUUUUUAAGACUUUAUUGAAUUUGAACUAAAAAUUAUAGGUCAAAUGCUGCAUUCAACUUUUCUUAGAUUUUUUUUUAUUUUUAAUAUUGGGUUAGCAUAUUGACCAUUUUAGUCUUUCAGAAGAUCCCCCUCCUCGUCUGACUAUAUAAUAGCCAUGAAAAGCCCCAGUGUGAACCCAUCACAACACUGCCCACCUUGGCUUAUUCUCGGCAAAGUGACUGGCUCUUGAUACCAUUGGGUAUGGGGGGGAGCAUGUGACCUUCAGCCUAUCCACCCAGGCUUCAGUGCUUGGGCCUGAGAGGCCACUAGCCAUGGUCACAGUAAGUGCUAACAAAGAGCUUACACAAGAAUUGGACCCAUGACUCCAAUGGAAAAAAUGUUACAGUGCAGAUGAGCUUUUAAGAGAACCCUUUGUCUGAAAUGAAUGUAAAUCUGAGGUUGGCUCCAGGUUAUAGCAUGUUGUCCUGGAUUUGUCACAUCAUUGCUGGUUUUUGUCUGCCUUAUUAAACAAGCCUGCUAGCGUUUUAACACUUAUGUCUUGACCGUUCACUUAAAACUUUUUUGCUGUGUAAAUCAAUUUAAAAAGUACUGCAUUUUAAUUGGAUAUUUUUGUAUACUGUUGAGGUCUUUUCUUUCCCCUUUCCAGAAUGUACCCCGCUGAUAUUGUGUUCUCUUAGUGCUGUAGUAUACUGAUGGUGAUUCCAUUCUUACACACAGUAGUCAGUGAAUUUUUAUUUUAUUUUUCUGUUUUUCAGUUUCAAAAAACAAACUUUUUUUUUUUUUUGGUUGAUGACCCAGUAACGAAAGCUAGUUUCCAGUCUGUGCCAUCUCGUUGUACAGUUCCUGAAAUUUUUUGUUUUACAAGAAACUUUGAUAAUAAAAUAUAUAAACCAGAAUUGCUGGUUUCAUUUUAUUUGUAA